CUCUACUUAUCUUUGGCUUUUAUUCUACAUCUGUCUACAUUCUCUGAAGUGAAACAAAUUCUGUAGGUUAAGUUUAAAGUAAAGUCAACAAAGUUUUAUCAAAUUACCUCAAAAAAUGGUUGUUAUUGGUAAAAAAAAGUACGAUGCUGGAGAAGCCGUGCAGUUCAUGUCAAGAAAGCAAGCAUUGAAAAAAUUGCAACUUUCUUUGAAUAAUUUUCGCAGAUUAUGCAUCCUGAAAGGAGUCUACCCCAGAGAGCCUCGAAAUCGUAAAAGGGCUCAAAAAGGGGAUACUCGCAUUAAAAUUCUUUACCACAAAAAGGACAUACAGUUUCUGCUGCAUGAGCCUAUAAUAUGGAAGUUCAGGGACUUAAAAGUAUUUGCAAGGAAAGUAAGCCGAGCUAAGUCAAUGGGAAAUUUUGGCGAAAUGAAAAGAUUUUUGAGGAAUCAUCCUACUAUUACCCUUGAUCACAUUGUUAAGGAAAGAUUUCCCACUUUUAUUGAUGCUCUGAAAGAUCUAGAUGAUUGCCUUACCUUAUGCUUCUUGUUUAGCACAUUCCCAUCAAUGCCUCACAUACCCAGGGAUCAAAGUGAAUUGUGUCGGCAGUUGACUGUUGAAUUUAUGCAUGCUGUUAUAGCCGCCAAGGCUUUGAGAAAAGUUUUUAUUUCUAUUAAAGGUUUUUAUUUCCAAGCGGACAUCAAAGGUCAACUUAUCACGUGGAUCGUACCACAUCAUUUCGGCUUUGAACCUCAGAAAAAGUCUGAAGUUGAUUUUAAAUUAAUGUCUACAUUUGUUGAAUUUUAUAUAAUCAUGCUUGGAUUUGUAAACUUUAGGCUGUAUCAUAUUUUAAAUCUCUAUUAUCCCCCAAAAUUCACCAACACAAGUAUUUCUGAACAGGCUCUUGUAGAUGAACAGGCUUUUGUUUCAGAAAGAAUAGCGGCUUUAAAUGUUUCGUUAGUGAGUGCAAACCAUUCAACCCAACAUGAAGAGGAGAUGGAAAUUGAUACUUUUGCGAAUGUAAUCAAUAGUUUCACUGAAACUGAUUCUGCAAAAAUAGAAGAAUUGAAAGUUGAGCAACAAAAAAUAAAGAGACUGAAGACCCUUUUUCAGGGUAUGAAGUUUUUUAUUAAUCGAGAAGUACCAAGAGAAAAACUUGUUUUUGUUAUUCGCUGUUUUGGAGGUGAAGUAUCUUGGGAAAAGUUAUUAUUUGUUGGAUCUACAUUUGACGAAAAUGAUGAAACAAUUACUCACCACAUUGUUGACAGACCCAGCAUGGAUAAGCAAUAUAUUUCACGAUACUACAUACAACCACAGUGGGUUUUCGAUUCAGUAAACGCUCGUGAUCUAAUGCCUGUAGAAAAGUAUUUAAUUGGUUGCGUGCUGCCCCCGCAUUUAUCACCUUUUUCGGAUCCCAGGCACGAUCAAGUGUACAUUCCACCUGAGGAAAGAGCUAUGAUGGACCCAAACUACCGCUUAAAUUAUGUAGAGGAAGAUGCUAGUGUGUCAAGUGAGGAUUCGGAUGCAAAAAAGGACAAAAGUGAUUCGGAACAUGUUAAGGAUACCAAAAAAAAAACUUUUAAUGAAAAGACUAGCAAUGAUAAAGGUAAAAAUGAGAAAAAUAAAGAAACUGAAGCGAAUACUGAUGUAGUUAUCCAGGAAGAGAUUGAACAAAAAGGAAAAGUUAAAGUAGAUAUCAAAGAGCAAGAAAGACUAUUUAAGAAAAAACAAAUGCAGGUUAACACCGGCAAAGUAGUCAAAGAAGAUCCUUGGGAGAAAGCACGCCAGGAAAAACAAGAAUUUCGCUUGCGAGAAAAAUUAGUUUCAAAUAAACACCGAAAACUGUACAAGAGCAUGACCAAGGGCAAAGAGGAUCGAGCAAAAGCCAUCUGGCUGCUGUGCAAGAAAAGACGACUGCACGAUGAAGCUAAAGUAUCGAAAAAAAAAGAAUCUGGAAAAGCUCAUAAAAUCUCUUCUAAAGUUUAAAUCAUUCUUAUGAAGUAAAAUUGUAUGUUUUGUCCAUCACAUUUUUGUUAACUUGAACAUUCAGAACUGUAUAUUUCUUGAAUUACUUGUUGAUUUACUUUCCUUGUGUAGCAUUGUCAACUAUCUACUUCUACUACAAUUAUUUUGUAAUGAUGGAUGAUCUUUCUUUUAUUUUACCAUAGAUAAUAAUGACAAAAGGAUUGGUUGCACGCAUGCAAAAAGUACUUCUAGUAUCAGCAUUUCUUCAAUCAUCAAGUGUGUCCAUUGUAUGCAUAAUUUAAUGCCAUGUCAUUUAUUUGCAGAAUCUGAGAUUUCCCGAAUACUUGUAUUUCUUUCAUGAAACAGUGCACUUUUGACAUU